GUCAGGGGUUUGGGGAUCCUCGCUAUUACCCACCUCGAAACGAUGUCGUCUCCCCGUGAACCGGCGGCCAUCGUCGGGAGCGCCUGUCGUUUCCCCGGUGGCGCUGACAGCCCUCAGAAGCUGUGGGAAUUGCUAUCGCAACCACGAGAUGUCGGCAGGAGAAUACCAGCCGAUCGCUUUGCUGUCGAUGGCUUUUGGCACGAAGAUGGUUCACAUCAUGGUACCUCGAAUGUCGCUCACUCGUACUUCCUGGACGAGGAUCCACGGCGGUUCGACGCCAACUUUUUCAACAUCAACCCCCGCGAGGCGGUGGCGAUGGAUCCCCAGCAUCGUCUCCUUCUCGAAACCGUCUACGAGUCGUUAGAGUUCGCGGGAUUGUCUCUCGAGUCGAUGCGGGGAACGCCCACCGGAGUUUAUGUUGGUCUCAUGUGUGCCGAUUAUUACGACGUCCAGGCUCGGGAUCCCGAGUCCCUUCCCCAGUACAACGCUACGGGUACAGCCCGAAGUAUCUUGUCCAAUCGAGUCUCGUACUUCUUCGACUGGAAAGGCCCCUCGCUGACUGUGGAUACCGCCUGUUCCUCGAGUCUGGUAGCCGUUCAUCAGGCCGUCCAGGCUUUGCGUCAAGGAGAGUGCACGGCUGCCGUUGCGGCCGGUGCCAAUUUGAUCUUGGGCCCGGAGAUGUUCAUUGCUGAGUCCAAAUUGCAUAUGCUUUCCCCAACGGGCCAGUCACGCAUGUGGGACGUAAGUGCUGAUGGGUACGCGAGGGGUGAAGGUAUCGGCGUCGUGGUUCUCAAGCUUCUGAAGGACGCUAUUCGAGAUGGAGAUACCAUCGAGUGUAUCAUUCGAGAAACGGCUGUGAACUCGGACGGGCGAACAAAUGGAAUCACAAUGCCAUCCGCUGCCAGUCAAGCCGCGCUUAUCAGGCAGACAUAUCUCCGGGCGGGAUUGGAUCCGUCAAAGGAGUCCGAACGAUGUCAGUAUUUUGAGGCACACGGAACCGGUACACCCGCAGGUGACCCUAUUGAAGCGGAAGCAAUUAAGUCCGUCUUCUUUCCUCGUGCGACCAGCUCGAGUGAAACCCAGGAGAACACACUUUUCGUUGGCUCCAUAAAGACAGUGGUGGGCCAUACCGAGGGAACGGCGGGUAUUGCCGGUCUGUUGAAGGCGUCUCUGGCCCUGCAGAAUGGAACCAUUCCGCCGAACAUGCAUUUUAGCCGCCUCAACCCAAGCAUAUUACCAUUCUACGAUAGACUGCGAAUCCCUGUUGUGCCCACAGCCUGGCCCGAAGGAGAAGUUUACCGUGCCUCGGUGAAUAGCUUUGGAUUUGGAGGCACAAACGCACAUUGUAUCCUAGAACGUUACGAUAAAUCCCUGCACGGGGGCUUGCACAUGUGCAAAUCUUGUCCAAUGGAUCCCAUUGGAAGCCGUGAAGACGACUUUGUACUUUUACCUUUAUCUGCAUAUUCAGAGCACUCACUUUCACUGUUGAUUGAUUCAUAUAUUGCCUAUCUAACGGGGAACCCUUCCAUCGAUUUAGGAUCGUUUGCACACACGCUACGGCGUCGCUCUACAUUGCCAUUUCGAGAUUAUGUCGGUGGGUUCUCGAGAGAGCAAAUCUUAGAGCAGUUGCAUAGUUUGAAGGCUGGCUCGAACGGUCCAAGGUACAGCCUAGAAGGCAGCAGGAAUCCGCCACCAGGAGACGCAGGCCGUAUUCUUGGAGUGUUCACCGGCCAGGGGGCGCAAUGGCCAACGAUGGGCUGUGAGCUGAUUUCGAGGUCACAGGUCUUCUCUGCAGCCAUUGAUCGUUUAGAUGAUACCUUGAGGCAACUUCCUGAUCCCCCAGAUUGGUCCCUUCGUCAGGAGUUACAAGCUGACAAACAUGAAUCAAGAUGUAAUGAAGCCGCCUACUCCCAACCCCUGUGUACCGCUAUUCAAAUCGCUCUGGUAGAUUUGUUGCGGAGCAUUGACAUCGAGUUCUCUGUGGUCGUCGGCCAUAGCAGCGGGGAGAUUGCUGCAGCAUAUGCUGCUGGUUGCCUGACAGCCGAGGCGGGCAUUAUGAUUGCCUAUUACAGGGGGGUCUAUUCAAAGGGAACAGAUUUGGAACUCGAACCUGCUCUCGCGAUGAUGGCAGUUGGGGUGAGCUUCUCCGAAGCUCGCAAAAUCUGCAGUCGUCCGGAGUAUUUAAACCGAAUCUUUCCUGCCGCCAGCAAUGCGCCCUUCUCUACAACAAUUUCUGGGGACAAGGCGGUCUUGCAAAGUGCAUUGGAAGUGUUCCAGGCGAGAGAGAUCUUUGUGCGAAUGCUUCGUGUUGACAGGGCAUACCAUUCGCCUUUCAUGGAAUCCUGUGCACAACCAUAUCUGGAUGCCCUCCGCCGGUGUGACAUCAAGUACACGGACGCGCAACCUCAUUGUACAUGGAUAUCUUCUGUGCAUGGGUUCGAGAUGGAUUCGAGCUCUGAUCGCGUGGACAAUAAUUAUUGGAUACAAAAUCUGCUGCGGCCAGUGCUGUUCUCCAAUGCUCUGGAGCAAGCGAUUAAAGAUCAUGGACCGUUCGAUGCUGGCAUUGAAGUUGGUCCCCAUGCAGCGCUGGCGGGACCAACGUCGCAGAACAUCAAAAGCAUGAAACAAUCUCCGAUUCCAUAUUAUGGAACCUUGAAACGUGGUGAGAAUGACAUCUUGGCCAUUGGCACCUGCGUGGGUAACCUAUGGACGACCUUGGGUUCUUCCGCUGUUAGCCUGAACAAGCUCCAAACCGUCAUCAACAGUAGCCAAUCUGGCAGCCUCCAUGUGUUGAAGGACCUUCCGACAUACCCAUGGAACCAUAAAGAGGUGUACUGGAAGGAGACUCGUCUGUCAAAGGAAUACAGGGGUCGCCAGCAACCGCAUGAGCUGCUGGGCCCGUGUAUUGAGAAGUCUGAGCAGCAGAUACGAUGGCGCAAUGUUCUACAUCCACAAGAGAUCUCGUGGCUUCAAGACCAUAAGUUGCAGGGUGAUGUCUUGUUUCCUGCGGCUGGGUACUGUGUCAUGGCUGUAGAAGCUGCGUUGAGAUCGUGGGAGCAGCCAUUGCAGCUGAUCGAGCUGUAUGAUCUCGAUAUUCGACGUGGUAUAAAUCUCGAAGACGGUUCUGCUGGAAUAGAAGUCGUCUCAUAUCUGAGUCGGGAUCCUUCUGAGAAAGGCCGCGCUUCCGGUGCAACCACGGCCGAUGUGCGGUUUUCAUGCUGUGCCGGCAAGAUCGACGGAACGGAUCCCUUGAAUAUUAGGUUCACGGCUAGCAUACGCGUCCAGCUGGGAAACCCGGAUGUUUCAUUGUUCCCUCCUAAGAUGGAGGACUCCUCGGAACUGUCUGCUGUCGAUGUUGACCGAUUCUACAUGACAAAUGUUGGCCUGCAGUAUACGGGUGUGUUCAGGGGGAUUUUGAGUGCAGAAAGAAAAAUGUUCCAGACUUCCGCCCGAGUGAACCGGCUCCGAAGCUCGUUACCAAUACACCCGGCCUCGCUAGACUCCUGCUUCCAGGCCAUUUUCGUUGCAUUUGCAGCUCCCGGAGAUGGGAGCCUACGAACUGCCUUUCUUCCCAGGAGAGUGAAAUCUAUGCGGCUGAAUCCUCACCUUCUGCAAGACGCCUCUGGAAAGGGUCAGUCACUCUCCGUUGACGCUAACAUUACCGAUCUUCGCCCACCCACCCAAGAAUCUUCCUCUCAUUUUACGGGUGACAUCGAGAUCUACAACGAAGAGGGCAACUGUCUAAUUCAAAUAGAGGGAUUCAGCUGUGUGGCCCUGGCUGCUUACUCAAAGGAACAGGACAGACAGCUCUUUCAUACGACUGUAUGGGACCAGGACAUCUCUUUCGACAUGGUGGUUUCCGAUUACAAGUUUCCCAAUGAGCGACACUCAGCUUCGUUGGCGGAAUGCGAAAGGCUCGCCUAUGAUUACUUCCAGAUCAAUGAAUGCAUCACCCCAACAUCAGAGACUGUUGGAAAUGGGAAUAUGGCAGGAUUCGAAAUCCAUGAUUCAAGCUCUCUGGAUAUUAGAUUGAUUCAAGCUGCUCGAAAUGCCUCCCUAGUGUCUGACGAAAACCGACAUCUUCAAUUUAUCGCGGCACGAGAUCGGUACGUGGAGUCGGGCUUCUGGGCCUGUCGCAUACGAGACCACCUCGCGCGUACUGUCAAGCAGAUUGGCCAUAAAUUUGCUAGGAUGAAAAUCCUUGAGCUUUUCGCAGGAAACGGUGCAACAACAGAGCUUGUUCUAGACUCACUAGAAGGCGCCUUUGUAUCAUAUUUGGUGACGGACCCAUCGCCAGAGGCGGUUGAAGUUGCACAGGCUGGCCUGGUAUCUCGAGACGAUAGACUUCAAUUUACGGCUUUGGAUAUCGGUGAUUUACCCCUCGAGCAGUUUGAAGAUCACACAUACGAUCUCAUAAUUGCAAACACCUUUCCUUGCAAUUUUCGAGAUACUUGUUUGUCAUUGGAGAAUGCCCAUCGGCUUUUGAAGCCGGGAGGUAUCUUACUCCUGGCUGGAGUAACUGGUAUGUCGUUGUUUGCAUGCUUUGUCCGCGAGCUGGUGUACAAUUCAGCUCCUAUUGAGGGAGGCCCGGAAUCAAUGGUCCGUUCCGAAAGUGACUGGGACAUGGUACUGGAGGAUUGUGGAUUCUCCGGGGUGGACUCCAUAGCCUACGACACUGCCGAGUUUUCGAACCAUUGCCACUCAUUGAUAAUUUCCAGAGCCCAAGGUGCCCCUUUUGAGACAGUCUAUCGACCGCUAGAGGUGGCGAGCAUGGCCCCUCUGGAAGAUGGCAUUCUUAUCAUCGGCGGCAACUCUUUCCUUGGAGCUCGGAUAAUAGGUGAGCUUCAAUGCCAUUUCAAAUCCUGGAACAACCACAUCACCUAUGCCUUAUCUGUUGACGAUAUACUCCGCGGGGGUAUACGUGUUCCGGCGUAUGUGCUGAACUUGGAAGAGUUGGAUGAACCUGUUUUCAAGGAAAUGAAUCCCGUAAGAUUCCGGGCUCUUCAGAAUCUUUUCCAGCAGUCCAAGAAUAUCUUUUGGGUGACAGAGGGCUUCAAACAAGCCGAUGCCUACAGUGCUAUGACCGUUGGGCUUGGUCGAGUACUGGCUACGGAGUCGCCGAAUUUGAACCUUGUAUUCCUCGAUGUUGACUACCCGAAGACGCUGGAAUGCUCAAUCUUGGCUGUCCUUUUUGCGCAGUUUGUUCAGGGAGCUGAAGCUCGCAUGAAGGAGAACCAGGUUCUCUGGGUUCAAGAACGUGAGAUGGCAAUUGAAAAUGGGCGCCUUUAUAUUCCCCGGGUGGUGCAUGCAAAGGAAAUGAAUGAUCGAUUCAACUCUAUGUUCCGGCCCAUCACGAAGGGCCUGCCAUUGGGAAUUUCCUCUGCCCAGAAGUUGUUACAAUCCCACUCUCUGGAAGACAACGCCGAGCCCCCUGUUGCUGUGAAUGUAAUUGCAUGCUCAUCUAUGGCCUUCAGAAUCUAUGAUGGGACAUGCGUUUAUCUUUGCAUUGGCAUGAUGGAGCAGGAAGGCCACGAAAUCAUGACUCUUGCCUUCACAUCGUCCCAGAGCCAGCUGAUCACGGCGAGUAAUUACUUUGUGCCGGACAAUGUCAUCAGUAAAAAUUCGGUGCCGGACGUCCUGAAGGUCUUGACUGCUCUGCUUGUUUCCGCAAGAGUGCGACAAUCCGCCACAUAUGGAAAAACUGUUAUCUUCACCAACGAUCCGGUACUAGCCAAGGUGUUCAACCUGGCCCAAAAUGAUGGCGAUCCAGUCCUGAGAUUAGCUACUUCUGACAAAUCACUCGCCGAUCUUUAUGAAUCCACUAUUUACUUGCAUCCGCACGCGCCCUUGAGAAACCUUCGACUACUCCUCCCGAAGAAUAUUUCUUUGUACGUGAACCUCGAUCCGAAUCCAAGUUCGCUACAUGAUCGACUUUUUGAAGCUAUUCCGGAGGCAUGCGCUACUAUUGACUGGCACUGCUACUUUUCCCAGCGAGCAUCUCCUUCAACAAACUUCCAUGGCAAGUCAACAUCAACAGUCGCUGUUUUGGAAUCAGUCUGGAAUGAUUACCUCGCAAUUGAGGAGACGCUCAAUGAAGGCUUCAAUACGGAACAAUUUGCGACCACGACAGUCUGUGCGGUGGAGCGCUUUACAAAUACUAGAAUCGAAUACCAAGUGGAACGCUUGGAUCCGAAAGAGUUCCUUCGCAGCGAUGCAACUUACUUCCUGGUCGGAAUGACCGGUGAGCUUGGCGAGUCUCUCUGCCGGUGGAUGGUUGCGAAUAACGUUCAAUACAUCGCAAUUGCUAGUCGAUCGCCAAAGCCGGCUCGAUGGCAUCAAGAACUAAGGUCCCAAGGAUGCCAGUUGAUUGUUCUGAGUCUUGAUGUCUGUAAUGCAUCCGAAUUGCAAGACGUCCACGAUCAGAUCGCGAAAGCAAUGCCGCCAAUCGCUGGCGUGGUCAAUGGCGCCAUGGUGCUGGCAGAUGCAGCGUUUUUCAACAUGGCUUUUGAUGACUUCGUACGUGUUCUGAGGCCUAAGGUGGAAGGAAGCGCUAGGUUGGACGAAAUGUUCUCCGAUGCGGGCCUGGAUUUCUUUAUCAUGCUGUCAUCUACAGCCUCGUUGAUUGGGAAUGCUGGUCAAAGUAAUUACUCGGCAGCUAAUAUGUACAUGAAAGCAAUUGCCGAGCAACGGCGUCAACGGGGCCUGGCCGGAUCUUGCGUGGAUAUUGGCAUGAUCCUAGGUCUCGGCGUCGUCUCUCGGGAGAAGACACACGAGGAACCUCUGCGCAGAGCGGGCUUGAUGGCAAUCGCGGAGCCGGACUUUCACUGUAUAUUCACCGAAGCUAUCCGUGUCGGUCAAACUACAACCUCGGAAUCUCCUUGCUUCUCAACUGGUCUUCACGUUCCUGUUGGCCAGCUGAGGCCGCAGUGGUACCGUGACCCCAAAUUCAUGCAUUUCCAUGUGAACGAAGACUUUGAUUCCACUGCCAAGAAGCCGAAUGCAAAGGUCUCGCUACGGCAGCAAGUCGAAGAUAUUAAUGAUCUAGCUCUUGCUGAACCCGUCGUUCAGGAGGCGUUUAUGGGAAUGCUGCAGAGUUUGCUUCAACUCUCUGCGCCCAUUGUAAACCCCGCAAGGCCCCUCAUCGAGCUUGGAAUUGACUCCUUGCUUGCCAUCGAGAUUCGGAGCUGGCUUCACCAUGAGUUAGACUUUCAGGUCUCUGUUCUUAAGGUCUUGGGAGGAAUCUCGCUUGUCAACUUAUGCCGAGAAGCUACGGAGUACAUCUUUACAAGAUUAGUCGCCGUCCCCAAGGAACCCGAAUCUGUAGGAGAGGAACCCAUAACUCAAGAGCCAGAUUUUUCUUCGGUGCCUUGGAAUGAAAGAGGGGAAUCUGAUACUUUAUCCUACAUAUCUCGGACUCGGGAUGCAUUCACUGCUGAAAGCGCGUCACUUACGAGCUAUACUGUUGAAACAACCCCUCAGCUCACUUUACAGAUCCCAGACACAGUGCCGAUUGCCCUAAGGCAUCGAAUGAAUGCGUCAAUGGAGAGGGCGGUGCCACUGUCUACCGAACAGGAAAAGAUGUGGUUUAUGUUGAGCUCCAUCGAUGAUCCAUCAAUGUAUAAUUGCACUAUGCAGUACGAGUUGCACGGCCCUCUGGACAAAGACCGACUCAAGGCUGCCGUGAAUACGGUGGCUAGGAGACACGAAUCACUACGGACAGCUUUCGUUGCUGAAACACCCGGUGGAAUCCCUAGCCAGUCAAUUUUGAAAGAACCAAGAAUACUCUGGACGGAAGUCAGCAGCGCUGACCCAUUGGACGUACCAAAGGAGUUCUUCAGCCAUCAAAGUCGCGUGUUCAACCUGGUUGAAGGAGAGACAAUGGCCAUCUCCGUAAUUUCACCAAGCGAGGAUUACCAUAUUAUCAUAUUCAGCUAUCACCAUCUUGCCAUGGAUGGAGUUAGCUGGCAAUUGGUGCUACGAGAAUUCGCUGCUGCAUACAAGGAUCCCAAGAGUCUUCCACCGGUUGCCGCCCAGUAUGUGACAUUUGCUAGCGAACAGCGGAAAUUGUCUCAAUCACUCGCUCAUCGAGGGAGAAAGAUGAUUGAUGUCCAACGCUUCCAGGAAGCCCCAACCCCGCUACCUCUAUUCCCCUUCGCAAAGACAAGCUUCCGGCAAACACAGGCAACCUAUGAGAUGACCCGCAAACAAUAUCGUCUUGACGAGGACACCUCAAACACGAUCAGACAGGCAAGCUCGCGUAGUGGGACUACAGCAUUUCAUUUCCACCUGGCUGCUAUACAACUGUUCCUUCAGCAGAUUCUUCAGGUUGACAGAAUCUGUAUCGGGAUUGCGAAUGCCAACCGAGAUGAGGCUCGUUUUGAAAGGGUAGUGGGUUUAAUGGUAGAAAUCCUGCCACUGAUCUUUGAACCGCGGAAGAAUCAGACUUUCUCGAGUCUGGUCAAGGAGACUCGAUCGAGAGUUUUGGAUGCGUUGAGCCAUUCUGCAGGGGCGAUUCAAGCUUCUAUGUCCUCUCACAAGGAUAUCUCGGGCAACGAAGUACACAGUCCCCUGUACCAGGUCAUGGUAAAUUACAUCGCCGGAGUCACGCAUGACGUUGCUUUUGAUAACUCAGUCCUGCAAUACUCCACAUCAGAUGAUGCUCGUCAGCCCCAAGAUCUGGUGAUAACUAUCCUGGAAGAUAUCGACGGAACGACUCUUGUAUCCUUCAGGGCACAAGACUAUUUGUAUGAUGGCGCAGACAUUCAGCUUCUGGUAUCCCUGUACGCUCGUUUGAUCGAAGAUCUGGCUCAGCACCAGGAAAGCCAGCUCAUGGAUUAUGAAUUCUUCGGCUCAUCCGAGCCGGUCUCGGAGCAGCACCUCGGAAACGGGCCCGAAUUGGAAUGUCCUUUUUGGUCAGACAGCAUCUCAAGACGCAUAUCCAAAACCAUAGAACACUACCCAGACUCUCUUGCCGCGAAAGAUCAGUAUGGAGCGAGUCUCACGUAUGAGGAAAUGGAGCUCAGGAUCCAGUCUAUCUUAACCAUUCUGAUUGAGGCUAACGCAGGUCCGGGUGAUUUCAUUGUGGUAGCAUGUGGGCCCUCUGUCGAUGCAGUGUGUUCCUUAAUUGCAAUCUGGCGUAUGGGCGCCAUUUAUGUCCCCGUUGACAUUGGCCAUGGCGUCGAUCGACUUGCAGUAAUCGUGAAUGAUUGCCACCCUUCAGUUAUCUUGUGCAAAGAUGCACGUACAAUUCAAUUCUUGCAGGAUAAUGGCAACCUCCAGAUCAUUGAGCUUGCCGAUGAUCUUCUCGCGACGAAGUCGAUCAGCGUUUGCGAUGGGAAUGGAGGGGCCACGGCCGUUUUACUCUAUACAAGCGGAACGACCGGCCUACCUAAGGGUGUCUUGCUUAGCCACGAUAAUUUGCGAUGCCACAUCCAAGCCGUUGAACAGGAAUUUGCAGUUGAUAGACCAGUGGUGCUGCAGCAGAGCUCGCACAACUUCGAUGCGUCAAUCUUUCAGAUGCUGACAUCUCUGGUGCAUGGAGGAACGCUAGUCAUGACGAGCAACCGAAGCGAUCCGAUGGAGCUUGCGUAUCUUAUGCUAAAUGAGGCGGUCACCUUGACAUUGGCGGUACCGUCAGAGUACGCCCUGUGGAUCUCAGAAGCAGGCCAGGUCCUGGAAAAGUGCUCCUCAUGGAGGUACGCGUUUUGCGGGGGCGAGAAGAUGGGCUAUGCGACGACCCAAGCGUUCGCAGGUCUAGGUCUGUUAGAACUGACAUUGGUCAACGCUUACGGCCCGUGUGAAAUAACGGUUGCCUGUACAAUGGGGUCCGUACCAUACAAGCAAGUGCAUAGUGACUCCGAUCUCAUACAUGCCGGGCGACCCUUGCCGUGUUACAAUCUGAUCAUGCUCGACGAGCGACUAAGACCGUUACCGAGUGGAUGGCCAGGUGAGAUUUGCAUUAGUGGGCCUGCUGUUGCAAAAGGUUACCUGAAUCGCGACAAUGAGACGAACAGCCGCUUCAUCGAUCUUAACGGUUUACGAUUGUACCGAAGCGGCGAUUAUGGUAGAAUAUUGAGUGAUGGGAACCUCGAAUACCGCGGACGGAUCUCUGGGGAUUCUCAAAUCAAACUUCGCGGCAUGCGCAUUGAGCUGGAUGAGAUUUCGAAUGCAUUCAUACAAUCCUCCAAGGGGGUGCUGACGGAUGCCGCGACCAUUGCCAAGGGCGACGAGGGCAAUCAAUAUCUCGUGACAUUCAUUGUGUUCGCUCAUGCUCUUCGACCUGCCGAUACCGAUGGAUUCAUCAAAUCCCUCCUCGGGACUUUGCCUCUACCUGUCUAUGCUAAGCCAGCGAUAGUCACCCCCAUCGAACACAUCCCUCUCACAGGAAGCGGAAAGGCUGACAGAAGAGAACUUGGCCAACUGCCGGUCAAGCGGAGUCCCGAUCGCUCGGCCGACGUCACCGGCCUCGGUAUAAUCGAGGUGAAGCUGAAGGAGUUGUGGGAGGAGUUUCUUCCCCCCAUCAACACUUUCAUCACCAAACAGUCGAAUUUCUUCGAGUUGGGCGGCAACUCGCUUCAUUUGUUGAAGCUUCAGACACGGAUUCAUCAGAUUACCAAUACGAAGGUCCCAGUACCGAAUCUUUUUAAGGCAUCGACGUUUGAAGAAAUGGCAAUUCUCAUUGGGAUGACUACGAGUGCGCAACAGGUCGAAACGUCUAUCGAUUGGGACGUGGAAACUGCAAUUCCAGGAAGCCUUGAUCGAGCAGAACCCAUACGUCUAACGACUGAGAUCAAGGAUGUCAAGGAGGUUAUCCUCACUGGAGCCACGGGGUUCUUUGGGAAAGCUCUCCUUCGCCAACUGGUAGAAAUUAAAUCCGUCGAGCGGAUCCAUUGCAUCGGCGUUCGGCCAAACGGGGAUGGCUCGCCUAGACAGCUUUCCAUCCAAUCUCCUAAGAUCCGGUUGUACAGCGGUGAUCUCUCCCAUACUACCUUGGGGUUGAGCGCGAAAGACAUAUCGACGUUGACGGCGACCGUCGAUUGCAUCAUUCACAACGGUGCUGAUGUCUCCUUCCUCAAGCCAUACACCUUGCUUCGAGCCGCAAACGUCUUAUCGACCAAAUUCCUGUUCGGACUCUGCGUGCCCCGUCGCAUUCCAUUCCACUAUAUUUCCACUGCAGGUAUCACAAGCUUGUCUCAGGAGGAGGUGUUCCCUGAGCAGUCGCUUUCUGACUUCCCACCGGCUUCUGAUGCCGCUUCGGUGCUGACGGAGGGAUACUCUGUAUCUAAAUGGGCCAGUGAGGUGUUCCUUGAGAAGGCAAACGCCAAGUUCGGCAUCCCAGUUCACAUCCACCGGCCCAGCAGCAUCACCAGUCCCGAAAUGCCCACAACCAACGUGAUCGGGACAAUCUUUUCGCUGAGUCGGUCAAUGAAGGCGGUUCCUGACACGGACCUCUGGCAAGGGUAUUUCGAUCUGAUCAGCGAGAAACUUGCAGCCGACCAAGUUUUGGAUGGUAUUUUCUGCAAGACGAUCGAGGAUGGUAAUGCUGGUGUUCGCUUCUCGCAUGUCUGCGGUGAGACCCGGUUUGAUGUUGGAGAAUUGAAAGAGUAUAUGGAGAGGACGGAAGGGGUUGCUUUUCAACAGUUGCCGUGGAAGGAGUGGGUCGAUCUCGCGAAAUCCUAUGGUCUUGACCCGACGGUUGGUGCAUACUUGGAGAAUUUCGAUAAUGGUCAGACAAAGAUGCUGUUGCCUUGGCUUCUUCACUCGAGAAAACAUAUCUGAUGGAAUAUACUGAUGUAUUUGGAGUUGUAUACUUUUGUGAUCUUACUUUUUGGGUGUUAGCGUUGUUGGUGUUUGGGUCUAUAUAAGCGAUUAUGGCUACUGUUUGUGUACUUCUUUUGUUGAAUAUCAUCAACGUUAUGGUUAUUA